CCCGCGCAAGGCCUGGAGGUCGUCAGUGCGAGUGCGGCUCGGUUGCUAACACCACAUCGCCCUCUCAGCUCUCCCUCACACAACACUCUCGCUCGCCGCAGCCCGCCAUCCCAUCACCUCACCCUUCCGUCGCACUCUCGCUGCGACGUCCGGAACAUCUGCGUCAUCUGGCCAUGUAUUGACUGCACUCUCGCACUCCCCCACUCCCGUUCUCUAUUCUUUGCAUUUGCUCUGCGGAUACGACGUCAGCGUCUGGUUGGCCCCAAGACCCGCGGCCUGCCCUGCACCGACGACAUUUUCUUGUUGCGCAAACGAAAAACAGCCACGCAACCGUCACCCUCCGCCUGCUCCACCCUCCAUACUCGACUUUCCCCCACCCCCGCCAACCGCCAGCUCAAGUCGUUCUUCGAGACACCAUCAGUCCGCCUCCAUGUCUCCCGUCAAGCAGACCGCCUUCUAGAGCCUUCCUGGAUCCACAAUGGGCUUGGACGCUCGACGACCUCCUCUUCCGGCGCCCACUGAACCCUCCACUCUGAGCUCCAUCGACAACGACACCACCCUGCGAGACGACCUCCUCACUGACGUCUCCACGCGCACCGACAAAACAUCGUAUUCCAUCCCCGAAGACGGCACCCCCGUCACCAUCAACACGGCCAAGAAGGAGGCUGGAAGGCCCAAGAAGCAUCCCUCGCAGACUUCGCUGUUGAUUGAAUACUUCGAAGGCGGUAAAGGAGACGGGAAAGUCCACUCGCGCCCAAGCGUCCGCGUCCGUGUCACGCCGUCUCACCGCAAAAGCAAGUCCACCAGCGACCACUUGCAAAUCACGCAGACGAGUAGGAAUACUCGGAAGCCCUCGUACACCCGCCGCAUCUCGCUGGGUGGUAAGCAUCGUGAAGACGUAGUCCAGACAGACCCGUCUUAUUCAGAAGGCUCUAACGUCUCCUCGCUCCCGCCUGUUGACAUCGAAGUCUUGCAGAACAUCAGUGACUUGUCUAGCCCUGGUGGGCGGUAUAUUCCAGUGACCUCAGACAUUUCUUCUAUGCCCCCGGAUAGCAUGCUUGAAGGAGAGCCUGUUAUUCGGAGUCCUGCCCGUCGUCGUAGUCGCAGUCUGGAGAGGACAGAAGAGGUAGUUGAGACCGAGACGAGAGAUACGCUGAAAGCGCCCACCCGCCAGCGAAGCAGAAGCCUGAGCAAGGAGCGCAUAACACAGCGAGUCAUGGAGAAGCUGCAACAAAAGCCUGUGGAGAGCAGCGGCUCCAAAGCCAAGACGAGCAAGACAAGCAGGGAGGAGCUCACUCCCAGCCGAAAGUCGCAUCGUCGAACCAGCAAAGGGUCUCGCGAUGAAGAAAUAAGCGCAAUUAGUGGCACCGAGUCGAGCGUGUUGUCAUCUAACGCUCAUCGUAGAUCUGGCGACGCUCAUUCAAUUCGAUCAGGCGCAUCAGGCGCUUCGUCCAUCAACAAUCCGAAGCUCCUUGCGACAGUUGAGGAUGCUAUCAAACGUCUGAUCUUGCCUGAGCUGAAUGCCUUGAAGGAGGAACAGCGCACUCAGCAGAAUCGAAGUAAAUUCGAGCGCAUGUCUCGCGAGAGCGCAUACGAGUCUAUCCCGUCCACAAGCUCUCGUGAUCAUUCCCGUCGACGAGUGUCCAAGUCCUCGAGUGCUCCGCAUAUAGCCGGCAACAAGCCAAAGGUUGUCCUGAACAGAGAUGGGGAUGACCCAGGCACUAUUCUCUCCGGCAAUUCAAGCCGUAGAGAACGCCGAUCGAGCAAAGGCUCCGUCUCAGAUCGCAGCUAUGCUGACUCCACGCGUGAGGAAGAGAAAGAAAAGGUUCGUCGCCGGAAGAGCAAGGAUAAAGACCGACAUUUUGCUCGUGAUGCUGCAUUAGCUGGGCUCGCGGGAGCCGGCUUGACUGCAGCUGCGCUUAGACACCAUGACUCUCGUGAAUCGAAGGAAGAUCGAAAGGAGAGGAAGAGACGGCAUAGCCGAAGCGGUCGAAGCCGUACGGCGAGUAUCUCUGAGAGUGUUGAGGGAGACCGUCGUCAAGACAGAAUGGCGGUGCCUCCUCUGCCAAUCCUUCAGAGUGAGCUUCAGGGAUCCGAAUUGACUCGAGAAUCUAUUCUUUCCGCCGAGACCGAAACCCGCGACCGGCCUAGCUCCAGAUCCUCUAGGGGCACAGGUUCUGAGACUCCUAUUCAUCAAGUACCUCGUGGAUAUAUGUCCCCGUCUCCUCGAACUCCUACACGAACCCCAGUUGCUCUCCAGCGGGCAUUUGGAACGGCGCACAGCAAUCGAUCACAGGGAGAUCUUAGCAUGUCAGCCCCAAAGAGUGAUAGAAGUCUCUCCUCACGAUCAAGAGAAGUUUCGACAGCAGGCCUUGAAGCUGCGGCGGCUGCUAAAGCUCGUGCGCUUGAGAGUACUGAACCUCAAGUUUCCCAAUAUGAGAUUGAUGAGCAGACUCCUAAUCGUGGUCUCAGCCCAAUUCAGAGUGAGGCUAGUUACAGGGAGGAGGUAUCCGGUUCUCCACAUCAUCUUCGAUCCAUCCAUAGUGGUGCUUCUAUGUCCUCAGCAGGACGCAAAGCUGAGCGGAAAACAUCCAAUAUGUCUAUUCAGUCAUUCGAACCUUCGCCCGACUCCAAGAUGGCACAAGCCCGGAAGCGCCCACAAGGCAUAACCCUUGAACGUGGGCGAGAGAUUUUGGGUGAACCAGAGACUCCAAAAGAUGCGGAUGAAUUCUUCGCAAAGAAUCACGAACAGAACGAGAUAUAUCGCAGGGAGCUCGAGAGCAACAGCCAGGACGGAUCUCUUGUCGACUAUCGACAUUCGACAGCUUACACCAAUGACAGUGCGGAAGGGCAGUAUCUUCACAGUAGUGAGGAUAAGCUAUCUCUUGCGCAAGAUAUUCGGGCAGUUGGCUCCAAUCCCGAAUAUGUUCAUACUCCUGUUGCCGUCGAGUCUGCAGUUGCCUCUCUGCAUGAACCGUCCACUAUAAGUGUUCGCUCCUCGGUAUCUAGCCCGCUGAAGAAGAAUAUUAAAUCGCCGAUGAACUCUAUCCAUGAACAUCAUGUGUCUGAGGAGGCGGAACAUGACACACAAAGCAAAGAGCGAUGGGGAGCAAUCCGUGACCAGGCCCAAACACUGGCAGAGAAUGCGCAAGCAACAAACUCGCCGCGACAAAGCCUCUCCCAGUCCAUUGAUGAGCCACCUAAAAUGCACGCAACUGCCUUCCCCAUGGGUAACGAGCCCGAGAUGGGAUUUGGCAUCGAUGAUGAGUCAGAGGUCGACACGAACCCUUCAAUCAUUAAAGGCCCUCACGGCGGGUCAGAAUAUCACGACCAGACCGACGAUCUAAUUAGCCGACAAGAAGAACGCGAACAAACGCCCUCACAAUCCUCACGAUCCCGUGGCAAGGUUGCUGCUCUCGGCGCUGGAGUUGGAGCUGCUGCUAUUGCUGCCGCUGCUGCUGCUCGUGUGCGAAAUGACGAGUCCCCUACACACGAAGGACAAUAUCACGCUAAUGUGGAAGAUGACUAUGGUCAUGAUUAUGCAGGUGAGCACCAAUACGAGCAGCAGGCCUAUUCUCAGAGGGAUCGCACACCGUCAAGAAGUCCGGCCUUGUGGAAGGAUGAAGGUUACCAGUCUGCUAACGCUCAUGGAGGCAUCACGCCUGAAUUUCGCAAUCGCUCUAAACUCUUCGAUGAUGAUGGCCUUGGUGAAUAUGACGAUGAUACCGGUCUCGGCGCGGACAUUUUUACGAGCAACAGGCAUGGUCCUCAUUCCAGCGGUAAUUCCCAUGGAAUGUCCUCGCCUUUAUACGAUUCGGCUACGGGCAAAGGCAUCGAUCGCAUUCAGUCCAAGGAUGUCGUUGCUUUGAUGGAUCAUUUGACGGUUCGUGAUGCUCAACGUAAUGCCCGCGACACAGAAAUCCUUGUCACCCUGGUGCGGAGCGCGGCUGAGAUGCGCAACUCUUUCGAGGAGAUGAAGCAGUUCAUCAGGACUCAGGACGCUAUGAUCGUGAAUACGAACGAUAAGAGGACCGACCUUGCCGAGCAACGUAUCCUGGGUGGUCCUCGUCCACAACCCCUUGGCUCCCCACGAGUACCUCGAUCUUCCACGGAAGAUAUCGACGUUGAGACGAAGAGGAAGAAUGUCUUUAAGCGGGCUCUCAAAGGCUUGAGCUUGAAGGGCGAUAGUGAUAUUAAGAAGAUUGAGCUGAUGCUGAUCCAGUUGCUCGGCGAAGUAGAAGGUCUAAAGCAGGCACAUGCUUUGACCUUGGCUCAGAAUGCAAAUCGUUCAAACAGCCUUACGUCGUAUGAAAAUUUGAGGGCUAGCGGAGAUCCUGGAUAUGAGCCCGAAGGUCGUGCUGGUACCGCCUCCUCACCUAAUCACUCUGGUUACCUCUCCAACCCGUCUUCGAGACGCAUCCAAGAUCUCCAGUCGGGCUACGAAGUUCACCAGCCGCAUCGUAUCAGUACCGUCGAAGAGGAUCCGGAAGAAUUUGCCGACCAUGAUGGACAGCAGUACGAGAAUACCGAACGAAUGACAACUCCUACCCAGGAAGCUCGUCGACAGAACUCUUUGCCCCAAGAAACUCCUCCGCAAGCCUCCAGGGCAUUCCGCGAAUCGCAGAGCCAAGAUAAUACGCCGAAGCGAAAGCAUAAGUCGAACUCUUCGUCCAUCUUUGGUAUCCCUAAGAUCUCUAGGUGGUCAAAGACUACGGCCUCUACCAAUCCUGAGAGCAUGCCUCGGAACAGUGGCGGUUCGGGUGCUCAGCGACCAUUCUCAGAAGCUUCAAGGUCAGGCUCGCAGAUCAAUGUUGCGUACUACGAGGAUGAGCAAUAUGAGCUUCGAGACGACGAUAGGCUGCGUUCCACAACAUCCCUUCCGCAAGAAGGCAUGGGAUCCAUCCGAUCACCGUCCCCUCUUGUCCCAGAGGGGCAACACCACGCAGAAGAAUACGUUCUCGAUGAUCCCAAAUACCAGGCUCAUCGUAACUCUCUAAACUUACAACACCCUCAGCCACGUCCUGGUCCGACUGGUCGUCACCAGAAUUACCUCGAAUCCCAAGCUCAGACUUUCGAGCCCAUUGGUUCGCCGGACUAUGAUCAAUGGGGCAGUAAUCCCUCACUCGCACGCAACCGGCUUUCCGGUGGUGGUACUAGCCAAGGCCCCGGCAAUCUUUCUCCAAUUUCCUCUGAUGGAGGAUAUAGCCAGCAUUCAGCGGCCGAGCAAGCAGCUGCUCCACCACGACCGCCAAAGGUUCGAGAUGAUGGUCCUUUGAUCCCGCAGCAGCCGCUCGCAGGGCAUGGACAGACGAGGCAGAUGUACAGCUCGCCGAAUGAAUUUGGAAGCCAGGGUGCUUUGACGCCGCUGGCCCCGAUUCAAGAGGUCAGAUAUAGCUUAGAGACGGAUACAGGACAUCAUUAUUCCCCCACCCCAUCUCCUCGUCCAACAAAUAACCAAAAUCUCAAUCCGGCCGCCGCGAUGGUGAGCCCGCAGCGCAAGAUCACGGGGCCCAGACCCAUGGGAAGCAGAAGCCCAAGUGAACAGCAGAAAUUGAGUGGCCAUCCAGGGUUUGAUCAAACGGGCACAGUAAUUAGGAGGAAACCGGUUGGUGAACGAACAGAUAUUGAGAGUCUGGAGAGUUAUCGGAGUAGUCUGGAUUCCGAGAUCUUUUGAAAGGAUAUCUGAUGAUUGAGACCACCCCGUGUGUAUCAGCCACGCCUGGCUUUUCUAUGAAAAAGAG